UUCUUCCCACUUCUAGAUCCACAUCACCUUGCCACCAGCUUCCUACUUUUUCAGUUCUGCAACUUUAGUUUUCCAUUUUUUCCAAAUGGAUUUGAUCAGAUCCUUGAAGCUUUUACUUUUCUUCCAGCUGACGACUUGCAGCCUCGGGCAGUUUGCGGACGUGGUCGUGGAUCGAUACGAAAUCCCCAAAGUUUGUCCCCGAGAAGUGAAAACUGAAGACUUUAUCCGCUAUCACUUCAACGGAACCUUCCAGGAAGACGGGAAGAAGUUUGACUCCAGCUAUGACAGAGGUAAAGCCUUCAUCAGCCAGGUGGGACUGGGCAGACUCAUCACAGGGAUGGACCGGGGCCUGCAGGGCAUGUGUGUCAACGAGCGCCGGAGGAUCACCAUCCCUCCACACUUGGCUUAUGGAAGCAUUGGAACAGGUGGUGUGAUUCCUCCCGACGCCACGCUGGUUUAUGACGUCCUCCUGCUGGAUUUGUGGAACGCGGACGACAAAGUACAGAUCCGUACACUCAGCAAACCCGCAGGCUGCGGCCGCACCGCUGCAGCAUCAGAUUUUGUCCGUUACCACUACAACGGCACCCUGCUGUCCGGUGACCUCUUUGACUCCAGUUCUUUGAGGAAUGGGACCUAUGACACGUACCUGGGGCAGGGGGACCUCAUCAAAGGCCUGGAUGAGGGUCUUCUGGGGAUGUGUGUUGGGGAGCGGCGGGUUAUUAUCGUCCCACCCUUCCUGGCAUAUGGAGAGACCGGCCAAGGAACCAAGAUCCCCCCUCAGGCCACGCUGGUGUUUGAAGUGCUGAUGAUUGACAUGUUUAACCCCAAGGAUGACCUGAUUGUGGUGGUUAAGGUGGUGCCUAAAGACUGCAGUCGCAGGACGGCGGUGGGAGAUUACAUCCGCUACCACUACAAUGGCACCUUCCAAGAUGGCACAGCCUUCGACUCCAGCUACCAGCGAAACAGCACUUAUAACACUUACGUGGGCAUGGGAUACGUGAUGCGAGGGAUGGACAAAGCUCUGCAGGGGUUGUGCACGGGGGAGAAGAGGAGAAUAAUGAUUCCUCCUCACCUGGCAUAUGGCGAAGAAGGAGUUGAAAACCUAAUUCCUAGCUCUGCCGUGCUGGUCUUUGACGUUCACGUCAUUGAUUUCCACAACCCCAGUGAUCCGGUGAACAUCAAGGUUACCCACAAGCCUCAGGAAUGCAGCAUGACCAGUGAAGCUGACGAUUUCCUUCAGUAUCGCUACAACUGCUCCCUGAUGGAUGGCACCCUCCUGUACUCCUCGGACCAGUACAACUCGCCUUCAGUCACAACUCUGGGAGACAGGACGGUGAUCGUGGGUCUGGAGGAAGGUUUGAGGGGCAUGUGUGUGGGCGAGAGGAGAGAAGUGGUUGUUCCUCCCCACUUGGCACACGGGGAAGAAGGAGCUGGAGAAGUCCCCAAGAGUGCAGUGCUCUUCUUUGAGCUGGAGUUGGUGGAGCUGCAAAAGGGUGUGCCUGAAGGCUACAUGUUUGUGUGGCUCGGAGAAAUCCCAGAUCCUCUCUUCAAUGCUAUGGACAUGAACGGGGAUAAACAGGUCCCUCUGGAGGAGUUUUCAACGUUCAUCAGACUCCAAGUGAAAGAGGGCAGAGGUCGACUUCGGCCGGGCGUCGAAACCGAAAGCAGCAUCAAGGAAAUCUUUAAUAAUCAGGACCAGAACAAAGACGGAAAGAUUGUGGAAGAUGAACUGAACGUUACGGUCGACGAGGAAUCCCACCGAGUGAGGCGAGACGAGUUAUGAAGGGUUUGCAUUUCCCCUCGUGGUGAAGAACGGCCACGCUGACGCUGCGGUUGCGUUGUCAUCAUGGCAACUGUCAGGCAUGUAUUGUGAAAACAGUUCAGAAGUUUAAAUGCUGUUGAGCCUUUUUAUUUAAGGAUGUCAGUUUGCUGCUGAAAUCAGUGCCAUGUCAUACUUUACAGACCCAGAGUGGGGAGAAAGCAUGUUUUAUUCAUCACGUGAAAGUUUUAUGUUCUGUGUAAAUGUUUCUUGAAGCUUGGAAAUUAUUCUCAGUACAAGGGCCCUGAAAUAUUUAUUCUGUCAUUUUUUUUUCCUGAAACAGAUUUUUUAUUACAUUUGCUACUGAAACCAAAAUAUAAGUCAGGUAGAUUUUGUAAAAACAAACUAUAUGGUGUUGGUGUGACGUCCACAGGAAUGUGCUUCAGUUGCAUAAAGUGACCUUACUAAGCAUUUUGGAUAAUUUCUAACUUGCAGAAUAUUUCAUUCAUAAAUAAUUCAAAUAACGUUUUUUUGUUUUGUUUUUUUAUUCAAAACUCCCACCCUCAAUACACGCGAUUUAAAAACCACUGGUCUUAACAGUAUGUCAGUUUUAACAGACUUUCCAUAACAGAAAAACAUGUAUCACUGUGGUGUGAGACGCAAUAAACUUUUGUAAUAAAAUGAAGA